CUCCCUUCUGUUCACUCUCAUUUGCUCUGGGGGCAAAGCACCCAUCCCUUGCACCCCAGUUCAGUAAAGGUUGUUCAGUCACCUUUUGGGGCCAAGUAGGAAUUUUUUGAGUCACACCUUAUUGGCUCUGAUGUGGUCUUUUUUGCCUACUUCUCACUGACUCUAAUUGUUAGGUUGUCAUUGUUGCAUGUUUGGUCACUUGGCAGCCAGUCAUGAAUCUCUGCAUCCUCAGGGUGAGAUGGCAUGGAAAGCCCUAUCAGUUGUUGCCAUUGGGUGCAUAACUAUCAUGGCUGUAAGAUAUGUGACCCAUAUAGCUGGCUUGAAGAUCCCGAUAGUGAACAAACAAAGGCUUUUGUAGAAGCACAAAAUAAGGUCACUGUGCCCUUUCUUGAACAAUGUGGUGUCCGAGGGCUAUUUAAAGAGCGGAUGACUGAACUGUAUGACUAUCCCAAGUACAGUUGUCAUUUCAGGAAAGGAAAAAGAUAUUUUCACUUUUAUAAUUCUGGACUUCAGAAUCAACGAGUAUUAUAUGUGCAAGAUUCCUUGGAUGCUGAAGGCAAAGUAUUUCUUGACCCAAAUAAACUUUCUGAUGAUGGCACUGUGGCUUUGAGAGGCUAUGCAUUCAGUGAAGAUGGUGAAUAUUUUGCAUAUGGCUUGAGUUCCAGUGGGUCUGAUUGGGUAACAAUUAAAUUUAUGAAGGUGGAUGGGACUGAAGAGCUUCCAGAUACAUUAGAAAUGGUAAAAUUCAGUUGUAUGGCUUGGACUCAUGAUGGCAAGGGCAUGUUUUACAACUGCUACCCAAAGCAAGACGGGAAAAGUGAUGGCACUGAGACAUCAACUAACCUGCAUCAGAAGCUGUACUAUCAUGUCUUGGGAACUGACCAAUCAAAAGAUGUUUUAUGUGCCGAAUUUCCCCAUGAGCCAAAAUGGAUGGGUGGAGCUGAGGUAUCUGAUGAUGGUCAAUAUGUCCUGCUAUCCAUACGAGAAGGAUGUGAUCCAGUGAACAGACUGUGGUACUGUAAUCUACAGAAGGAAUCAAAUGGUAUUACUGGUAUUCUUCAGUGGGUGAAACUAAUAGACAAUUUUGAUGCAGAAUAUGAAUAUGUCACCAAUGAGGGAACUGUGUUCACCUUCAAGACUAACCAUCAUGCUCCAAACUAUCGAUUGAUUAACAUUGAUUUUAGUGAUCCUGAGGAAUCUAAAUGGAAAGUGCUGGUGCCUGAACAUGGCAGGGAUGUUCUGGAAUGGGUAGCUUGUGUUAGAUCCAAUUUCCUAGUCUUGUGUUAUCUCCAUGAUGUGAAGAAUGUUCUGCAGCUUCAUGACCUAGCAACUGGUGCCCAUAUUAAGACACUUCCAUUGGAUGUUGGCAGCAUCGUGGGAUACAGUGGCCAAAAGAAAGACAGUGAAAUAUUUUAUCAGUUUACUUCCUUCUUAUCACCAGGUAUUAUUUACCACUGUGAUUUGACCAAAGAAGAAUUGGAGCCAACAGUCUUCCGAGAGGUCACAGUGAAAGGAUUUGAUCCUUCAGCAUAUCAGACCGUGCAGGUGUUCUACACCAGCAAAGAUGGUACUAAGAUUCCAAUGUUUAUUGUCCACAAGAAAGGAAUCAAAUUAGAUGGGUCUCAUCCUGCAUUCCUUUAUGGUUAUGGUGGUUUCAACAUAUCUAUCACACCAAGCUACAGUGUAUCAAGACUUAUUUUUAUUAGACACCUGGGUGGUAUUCUAGCUGUGGCUAACAUCAGGGGAGGUGGUGAAUAUGGAGAGACCUGGCAUAAAGGUGGCAUCUUAGCAAACAAGCAAAACUGCUUUGAUGACUUUCAGCAUUCAGCUGAGUAUCUUAUCAAAGAAGGAUAUACUUCUCCAAAGAAGCUGACAAUUAACGGAGGUUCAAAUGGGGGCCUCUUAGUGGCUGCUUGUGCUAAUCAGCGCCCAGAUCUAUUUGGCUGUGUUAUUGCUCAAGUAGGAGUGAUGGACAUGCUAAAGUUCCACAAAUAUACUAUUGGCCAUGCCUGGACAACAGACUUUGGCUGCUCUGAUUAUAAAGAACAGUUUGAUUGGCUGUACAAGUAUUCUCCACUUCAUAAUAUCAAAUUACCAGAAGGAGACGGAGUUCAGUAUCCUGCCACCUUACUUCUCACAGCUGAUCACGAUGACCGGGUGGUGCCUCUUCAUUCCUUAAAGUUCAUUGCUACACUGCAAUAUGCUGUAGGUCGGAGCCCCAAACAAACCAAUCCGCUGCUCAUCCACGUUGACACCAAGGCUGGCCAUGGUGCUGGGAAACCAACAGCCAAAGUGAUAGAGGAAGCAUCUGACAUGUAUGCCUUUAUAGCACGCUGCCUAAAUCUUGAAUGGAUAGAAUAAACCAUGAAUGUCUCCGUUAGGAAUCAAGGGCUUUAACAACAUUUUAAAAUGACAAAAAGGAGCUAAUCAAGCACUUGGCGUAGUACUUACAUUUAAGAACGGCCAAUACCAGCUUCCCGUGAACUUUGUCUCUUUUCUGCUUCUAUUCAGUGUUCACUUGGCUCCUCAUUUUAGUUUCAAUCAUAUGCAGUAGCAGCCAGUGAUCGCUGCUCCGGGGGGGCGGGGGAAUACAGCUUUAACCGGGGGUGAACUUACCCGCCACCAGUUCCUGGUAUGCUGUAUGGAGCUGUGUUGCCCACCCCCCACAUGCCGCAAGGAGGCUGCCCUGACCCCACCCGCACCCCGCUGCUCAGUUGGCCUCUGUGCGUGCAUGGAGCUCACUGGCCGCUAUUGGUCAUGUGUUUUAAAUAGCAUGUUCUGAUAAAUAGAUGGACUGCAGAUGAUGCUGUUACGUGAAUCCUUAAAGUCAGAGUUGGUGGUGGUGAUUAUUUCAUAUGAAACAGUUUUAAUGUAAAUUUUCUCCUUAUAAACAUAUCCAGCUCACUUGUAAUUAAAUGUAAGUACUGUUCCAGUAUAAUUCAUCAAUUUGAGUUUUCUUUACCACCAUAUCAAGUGUUGGGAUUAUUGCCAAUACUUUUCCAUUAAAACACCUACAUUACAAAUGCUGAGUAA